AUGGAAACAGUGCCCAGUACUUCAAUGGCGAAUAAUUUGUUACUGAAUUUCAAGAUUGUAUUACUAGGUGAAGGUGCUGUGGGCAAAACUUCAUUGAUGUUACGCUAUGUAGAAAAUAAAUUCAAUCCGCAACACGUAUCAACAUUGCAGGCUUCAUUUGUAAGCAAAAAACUUCAUGUCGAUGGUCAAACAGUAGAAUUGAAUAUAUGGGAUACAGCCGGACAAGAAAAAUUUCAUGCACUUGGUCCUAUAUAUUACAGGGAUAGUCAUGGGGCUCUUUUGGUAAAAAUGUGGGUAAAGGAACUCAAACGUAUAUUAGGUGAUGACGUUUAUUUGAUGAUUAUUGGAAACAAAGUGGAUUUAGAACGAAAUCGAAAUGUAGAAAUCAAUGAAGCCACUGGAUAUGCAAAGUCGAUUGGUGCGGAACAUUUUGAAACUUCAGCUAAAGAUAACAUUGGUGUAACACAAGUUUUUGAUUACCUCGUAAAAGAUUUAAUCGAAAGAGCGAGACAUUCUCAGUUUCGAGGAACAGAUUUGCAUUAUGGUGUAUCACGCAGGAAUGACUUGUUGAUUAUUGAUGAUCCACCUCCUGUCAAAAAGUCGUGUUGUUCUGGCUAA